AUGGCUGCUAGUUCAGCGCAAUCAGAUAUUAUUCUCAACAGAAUUGAGGAGGAUUUUUUGACUUGUCCUAUAUGUUUAAAUCAGUAUGUUAAGGCAAGGAUACUACCAUGUCUACAUACAUUCUGUGAGGGAUGUCUGACUGCGCUUGUAGCGAAAACAGGGAGGUUAGUGUGUCCCAGCUGUAACUCGGAGUGUACCACAGACGUGACAAAACUGAAGAACCACUUUCUCAUGAACAACUUGGUGGAGGUUUUUGAAAGCAGACAGGCACUGGUAGAUGGUAAACCAGUGAAUUGUGAUGGGUGCAAGAAGAGUGCCGCAACACAUAGGUGUAUUGAGUGUGUCAAAGUCCUUUGCGAUCCCUGUUUUAUAUGCCAUGGUAGUUUGGAUAUUGCCAGAGGUCAUCGCACUUUUACAUUGGAAAGAUAUGAAGAGCUCAGUUCAACAAAUCCCACGUCUUUACAGCCUAUUGUUUAUUGUUCAACCCAUCAUGAACAGAAGCUUAAAUAUUACUGUGAUAUGUGUGAUGAAGCAGGUUGUGUCGAAUGUUUUCUGAUUUCACAUUAUGGGCAUGGUAAACCAAGAGAAAUAAAAGAAGUGGCAGCUGAGUAUACUAAGGAGUUGUCAAAACGUGUAGAUGAACUGAAAGUGAAAUCACAGAGCGCCACCAGUGGUAAGAUUGCUAUAGAAAAUGCAGUAACAGAUCUGGACAUAACAUACCAAGAACAGGAGGCAUUGGUAAGACGAAAGUCAAAAGAGGUCAUUUCAAAGGUCAAGAAAGAGGAGACAAAAUUAAUUGAAGAAUUGUAUAUGGAGUACAUGGCAAAGAAGAAAGUAUUGGAUUCUCACAAGCAAGCCUUCGAUCAUAUGGAGAAGGAUUUGCAUAGUGCACAAAAUUAUGCAGAGACUAUGAUUUACUAUGGUAAUGCUGCACAGUUGAUGUCCACAAAGCAGGAAAUUAAAGAGCGAAUCAACCACUUGCUGUCCCUAGAUGCGACCCCAAAGACAGAUAUAGAAAUGUUGACAUUUGUAGCAAACAGAGAUGAGUUAUAUGGUAAUUAUAUCGGGAGAUUGGAAAAGCCAGCAUGUGCAUCCAAGUGCAUUGUGGGGUAUGUUCCUGAUAGAAUGGUACAAGGUGCUAAUAAAGAGGUUACAGUCACAACAAAAGACUCAACUGGCAAACGUGUGACACAUCAGCUAAUCACAGCCAAGUUAAAACAUCCAAAUGGAUCACUAUCUAAGUUGUUUGUGACAAAUAAUUUUGAUGGAACACAAACGAUUUUGUUGUGUACAGCUGAUGUUGGUAGAUACAUCCUUUGCUUAGAAGUGGAUGGCACACUGAUUCCGGGAUCUCCAUUUGAGAUUGUUGUUGCAAAGGGUCAGAUAAAAGAUUUAGGAGAAGAAGGAAAUGAACCCGGCCAAUUGAAGUAUCCUCAGGGUGUAACUCUCAAUAAUGAAGGGCAUGUGGUGAUUGCUGACACUGACAACAAGCGUAUACAAACAAUGGAUCUCAAGCUGGGUCAAAGUCAACUUACAUUUUCUAUUGCUGGACAGUUUAAGCCUCUUGAUAUCGCUGUAUCUAAAGAUAACAAGUACUUUAUUACUGAUUCUGCCAAUUCCCAAGUUGUAGUCACCUGCAAGCUUGGUGAAUUAAUUCAUUGCUUUGGGAGCAAUGAACUGAAAGAUCCAAUGGGGAUCUCGAUCAGCCCGAUUGAGGAUGCAGUAUUUGUGACUGACUGUCGCGAGAACUACAUCAGAAAGUACAAGGAGAGUGGUCAAUAUAUGUGUAGCUUUGGUGGCCAUGGAACUAGAGAUGGACAAUUCUUGGGUCCGUGUUUCAUAGACUGUGACAAACAAGGACAGGUGUAUGUUUCGGACAUUGGCAACAACCGCAUUCAAGUCUUCAACAAAAAUUGCCAAUAUAUGUAUAGUAUUGGUACUGGGAGUCAGUUGACAAAUCCACGUGGUGUGGCCACUGGAGAAGAUAACUGUGUGUAUGUUACUGAUGAUUCUAACCAAAUACAUAAAUUUCACAGGAAAGGCAAAUUCCUUGGUAGCAUAAAUCCUGGUCUAAAUGGCCCCAAAGGCAUUGUUGUGACUUGUAACAAAGGUAAUAGUGUUGUUGUUGUAGCUGAUUCCAACAACCACCGCAUCAAUGUAUUUGAGUAA